AAGCAGCCUACUAAAACAGAUAUACCUGUUCGACUGUUAAGGUGUGGAUGAUGGUAGAACAACUGCUAAGCAACAGCAUCCUUGAUCAAUUUAUUAAUAGCCAUGAGCAGUCAUAUGAAGAGUUUCUAAACACAUUCACAUAUCUUUUGAAAGAGGAAGAGGGGAAGACAGUUCAAGGAAGUAAAGUGGACUCCUUAAGAAAAACAUUUUCUACUUCUGAAUUACCAAACAGAAAUAAACAGUGUGGCUCAUUUGGAAAAAGCAAAGAAAUUUGUGUGUCUCUUCUACCACAGAUGCCAAAUGAGAAUGAGACAGUGAUGAAUGAGAGCUGGAAAGCUGGUGGCUCUGAUGGAAAUGAUCUCAGUCUGUCUGAAAGAGUGAAGGUGGACAAGUACUUAGAUUUGGAAGAUACAGACACAGAUGAGGAGACAUGCAGUGCAGGGUCAUUAGUUCUUCCAGGAGAGGUGGAACAGAGACAGACUUAUUGUACAGCCUUUUUUGAUAAGCCUAGUCAACUGAAGUUCAGAACCUUGUCAGUUCCACAGCCAUCGGACAGCAAAGCUGAAGAGGUAGGAG